ACACGAUCCGGUCGCGGCCCGAUUGAUGUAAUAGCUAAAAAGAACGGCCGACGCGCGUGCAGUCGUGCACUCCUCUCUCCUUCUCUUCAGUCUUCGGCUGCGACUCCCCGACUCCUCUCCCUCAUCGGAAAGAGAGAGAUGCUUGAAAACCCUCCCCCAACACUACCUGCAGCAGAUACAGCCAUCAGGCGUCAUGCUCCUCCCAAUCUAAGGAAUCGCCCUCUCAACAGGCGCAAGUCAGCAGAUCGAUUUGAUCAAAUAAAAAAUCUUUAUGAAAAUGAUGUAGAGAAGAAUCAAGUUGGUGCUUCAAGAAACUUUCCCAUCAUCGAUCAUGGGGAUUCAGGGAGCAGCAAUCUUCUGAAUGAAAAUCAUUGUUCAGGAUUAAUAGCUUUAGAGGGAUGCUGUCGCAGUGAAGCUUCUCGGCUCUUGGAUGAUCGCUGGGCAGCUGCGUUGGAUUGCUACAAUAAUCCAUCGAUAGAUUUAUCUGAGAGACCAGUUAUGUACGCAGGAACUGCCCCAUCAGCAUGGAGUUUUAGACUUCCUCAUCAGAUGAUGGCUCCAGUUGGUGCUGGACCUUAUGGUUCACCUAUGGACUUCUUGGGUGAACUUCGCCGAGCACAGCGCAAUGCAAAUACCAAUUUUGGCACGUAACACAGCAUCUACACGUAACUAUUGUAAUCCAGAUUCCAGAGAUGCAGAUCAUCAUGAUUUGUUGACCAACUUUCAGACUAAGGGAUUAUCCAGCGGUGAUCCCUAAAGCUAUAUGAUGCUCAUACGCUCAUUCACUUUCCUCUUGACCAAAAAAAGAAAAAGCAAACCACUACUCUCCUCUCUUUUUUCUAUUCAAAUCCACACACUCCCCUUCCUUUCUAUAUAGU